AUGCAGAGGGCAGUUUUAAUCCUGCUCCUCGGCGUUCAACUCGCCUCUGCCCAAAUCGACGCGUUCGGCGGCCCCAAUCGCUACGCCGCCAAGCCCACCAUCACGCCAGACAUCCAAAAGUACUUUGAGUUGGAUGGACAUGCUCGCGAACUGGUUGACACGCUAAUUGGCCCCCGUCCCGGCGGUUUCUUCCCCGAAAAGACUUACGAAGUUGCGCGACCAUCUUACGGCGGUGGACCAGCUGGACCACAGGAUGGGUUGACUCAAAUUGGCAAUGCCUUGAGCAACUUCUUCAACGGUCCACCUGCCCCACAAGGCGCUGGAGAUUUGCAACUUCCACCUGGCUUCAACCAAGGCUUCUCGUUGAACAACGGAGGAAAACCAGCUUUGAGUUCGUUCCAAGAAAAUGGAAAGAUUUCGGUAAGAAUGACACAUUGAAUAACAUACAUAUACCCAAUUUUGCUUAUGUAAAAAUGAGAAAAGAAAUUAUUUUUUUUAAAUUUAAUUUCAAACCUUUAGCACGCCCCAGUAGAACAACGUGCCUCUGAAAUCCAACGUGCUCCGUCAAAGUCCUCCAUCUCCGGAAUCCCUUCCGACUACCCCAAGUUGCCAAAGUUUCCAUACGCCAACAACUUUGACCCCAACGGAGCCGGACCGUCCGUCCUUAAAGCCGCGCCAGAAAUUCCAAAGUUCGCGAGUCGUCCAGAGGUUCCAGAAGGCGGAUUCGGAGCCAUGAGUGAUCUUCGUCGCUACCCAUCUUCAGUUUCAGAAGCUGCCCAAAAGCCAUUGAGCUCGUCGGCCACCAACGGAGAAUACAGUGAAGACACGUUGACCGAUGAGCCACGUCAAGCCGGUGGUUUGAUUGGUACCAUCAUGGACCUGUUUGCCAUGAGCAAGGACAAAGAGAACCCACCAGACUUGAGCAACGUUGCCAAGGGUGUGGGUAACUUGUUGACUGGUCAAAACUCGCCUCUGCCAGGAAAGAACAUCGUGAACAAUGUGUUGUACAAAGCUUUGACUCAAAACUCAGUUGACUCCAACUCGACCUACGGUCUUCCAAAAUUCGACUUUGAUUCAAGCACUCCAAUCACUCUGACCGAAGCUCAACAAAAAGCUAUCUCCGAAAACUUGGAAAUGGUUGAGGGUCUGAUUGUUCAACCUUCUUCUCCUUUGUGUAACCCAAAACCUUCGCCUGUAGCUGAGUUGAGCAUUGAUGCUUUCAUGGGAACUUGGUAUCAAGUUGUGUACAGUCCACCAUUGUCCUCAACUCCAUGCAGUAUGGUUACCUACAAAAAGAUGAGUGAAGUAAACCCACAGAACGGAGGUAUCGGCAGUUUGUUCGAAGUGUUUGAAUACAAGACUGGAGGAGCACCAUACAGCAAGCCUACCAUCACCAGUGGAUUCGCCAUCUUGAAGGAGAUUGGAGAACUUAUCUUCAGGACUACUGCCAACAAGGAGGAUGUUACAGGUAGGCAUUGCUUUUUCUCUUGGAGUUAUUUUUUUCAUGUUGUGUUUUACAUUUCAAAACUAAGGUUAUUUUUUCAAAUAAAAAAAAAACUAAAAAACUGUUUUAAAUAACGUCAUCUUCAGUUUAUAUUAUCCACAACGGCCCAAUCAACGAAGACGGCAAAUACGAAUACAUUGUAAUGUCGACAAACUGUAACUAUCCACUUUACGUGUUUGCUCGUGAUCCUGUUGCUUACAGACAAGUAAGUGCAGCUUUUUAAGGUUAUCUAGCAAAGCAAAACGAGCAGUUUCCAAAACAGUAGAGUUGUAAUUUUUAGUUUCAACCUAAAUACCUAAAAAUACAAGAAAAGCAUGGUAAAGCAACCAAAAUACGAUAAUUUGUAAUAAGAUAGAAUAGUAAAAACUUACAAAUUUUUGAAAGAACAACCUAAUAUGUCUAAACGAUGUAGCAUUCUAACAUAGAGUUUGUGCGUAGAACAAAAUCAGACAAAAAAUGGUUCAAAAACUUCUUGACGCAAAGAGUUGCAGAAUGCCAAGAUAUGUUUUCGUAUCAAGAUAAACUUUAAUGUUUAUGCGUAUAUCAAAUCUUAAAUUCUUAAAACUAUAUCUUUAUUUCUUUCAUUUUUAUCGGCUCUACACCCACUUACAUUGCUAAACUUUUCAGAAGUACGAAAAGCAGGUAUUGACGUAUCUGGAGAAACGCGGAAUCAUCAGCGGCUUCUCGAAGCUCUUCAACACGGUCGCACCGGUCGAUGCGAGCACCUGUACAUUCCCUCCAAACCUCUUCAAUUCUCAAGUGUAA